AUAGAAACCUUGACUCCUACCACUGGUGCUCUUUAUACAGGUGCUUUGCUUUUCGCAUUGUACGGUGUUGGAAAAGCACUUGGUUCUCAGGGGCAAGCUCUGCCGCUCCCUCCUGGUCCUCCAGCAAAAUGGUUCUUUGAGCCGCCAUUUCCUGCCCAAAAUGUCGCGCACAUCCUUGCGGAUAUGACAGACGAAUACGGUCCCGUAUUCACCAUCAAGCAAGGAAGCAAUCUAUUCGUCGUCGUUGGCAGAAUGGAAGCCGCGACCGAGAUCAUGGAGAAAGCCGGUGGGUCCAACGUCGACCGGCCCCGGAAUGUCGUUGCGACUGAGCUGCUCACUACUGCCGGCCGCAUCAUCAUGGAAAGCGGAGGUGACCGUUUCCGCAAGAUGAGACGGGCGCUGCAUACAGCGCUGCAGCCUAAAGCUGCUGAGAGCUACCAGCCCAUCCAGAUGGCGAACGCUCGCAUCCUCAUUCAAAAUUUGAUGAAAACCCCCGAUAGCUUCGCUGACCAUAUGAAAACAUACGCUGCGUCCGUCAUACUCAAAGUCACCUACGGCAAACAAACCCCGACGUCAAUUGACUCGUCAGAGGUCCAGCGCGUUCACCAGCUCACCAGACUUGUGGGCUCUCUCUUCGUCCCUGGACGAUACGCGGUCAACCGCUUUCCCUUCCUGAAAACUUUCCAUCGCCUUGGGGGCAUGAGGCGCAUCUGCGACACGCUCGACUCUGUGGGGCUCACAUGGGUCAGCCGAAUCGUCGGCGCUUAUGGACACGACAUGCUCGAGUGGCAAAAGCUUGAGAGUGAUCUUGUUUCCGAGCAGUUUGAUAAGGUCCAGCAGCAAAUGAACAACGGUACCGCCGGAACCUCAUUCACCAGAUCUGUCAUUGAGAACCAGGACGUGCAUGAACUCGGGCGAGACACCAUGUCGUACCUGUCACUCGGGCUUUUUGGCGCAGGAAGCGAUACGACUGCGGUUGCCUUGACGCACGCCGUCAUGCUCGCGGCUGCUUUCCCCGACGCGCAGGCUCGUGUGCACGCGGAGAUAGAUGCUGUCAUUGUGCGAGAAAGAGCCCCGACGUUCGAAGACUACGACAGCCUACCUGAGCUGUGGGCUUGGACGCAGGAGCUGUUGCGAUUCAGGCCGGUUACGCCUAUAGGAUUCUCCCAUGUGGCCAACAGAGAUAUCAUAUACAACAACUACGUAAUUCCUACGGGUGCUGUCGUUCUUGGUACACACUGGGCUAUCUCACGCGACCCAGACGCAUUCCCCAACCCCGAGAAAUUCGAUCCUCAACGCUGGCUCGACGCCGACGGACAGCCAAGGAAAGAAAUGAAGUACUUUACAUAUGGUUUCGGGAGACGGGUCUGCCCAGGACAACACCUCGCGAACCGGUCGAUCUACAUCAACCUCGCGCUCAUGUUCUGGGCGUUUAACAUCGUACCGGUGCCGGGCAAGAAGUUUGACUUGGAAUCUUGGGAGGAUGCGUUUACGUCGCGUCUGCCUCCGUUCUCGGUCAAGUUUGAGUAUCGUCGCGAUGCAGAGGUGAUUAAGAGGGCGUUGAAUGCAUUUGGAGAUGAGAGUGGGGAGACGUCCGGUGCAUGAUCUCGCGUUGGCGAAUUUGAAGAACAUGACAAUUUAUAGCUUGAAUUUCUCGUCACUCCUCAGAAGAAGAUUGUGGGAUUCGCGAUAGACAUAUUACUGGCGCAGUGCAACGGUUCUGAGCGUCAGUGAUCCAGAAAGUUACUAAAACCGUGUCUUCGGCAGAGUUCGCGAGCUGCAAGCCAACUUGACUAUAGUCCGAGAAAAUCAAUACGGUGUCAGAUUUUGGUACUUCACGUGUAGAAAUCGUGCACUAGUGUAAAUAUAGAGCUUCCUUUACAUCUUCAAAGUUCGACGCUUUCGUCGUAGAAGCCUUUGAUAACAAUGCCUCAAGGCUACUGAUUCACAGACUCCAUUAAACUAAACCUUGUACCGGCUGUAAUCUCCGUAGUU